AUGGCUUUCAACAGAGGAAUUUUGAUGCUUGCCAUCAUUGCUUUAACCGAAUGUCAAAAUGGAUCUGUUUUCUCUCAAUUACGUGAACGUAUAGAUAAUGCAAAAACUCCACUGUUCAGUGUUCCAUCUGAUUUUCCACUCGUUUGUAAUACUUCGCCUCAUUACUUCGCAUGUGCUGAAAAUUUUCUCAACAGUGUACUCUUUUGUGAGAGACAACCAUCUCGGGAUAGAAGAAAUUUAAUUACUGGAGCAAUACGUUCAUACGCUGGUUAUUUGUGUUCAGAAGAUGCGAAAAGACUUGCUGCCUUGGUGGAAGAAAAAGAUUGCAUUAAAAAAAGCUGCGGGGGUGCUAAAUGUUUUCAUGAAAUAUUACCGCAAAAAAUGUUUCUUCAUAUGCUGGAAAUAUACAGUAGAACUUUUGUUCCCAAAGUUGAAAAAUGUAUGUUUUAUAUUUUUGAUCAAUGUCCAAGCACCGAUCCACUCUUUUCACCAUCAUCUAGUGCUCGAAAAUUCAUGACUGAUUUUAAAAAAUUAGCUCCUUAUAGAUUUAGUAGAGAUUUUAGUGCUUAA